GCAACACAAAAAGAAAGUCUUUGGCAACACUCCUGAGACGGGACAACAAGCAAAUAACAGUAGACUUCGUGUAAGCAUUCGACCUGCAAAACGUUUGGCAGUAUUCUCAAGAAUCAGUCGAGUUGUUGUUUUGAAGCAAGUUUCCUUUUGGACCGCUUGGAAUAGGUUUCUUUUCUCUGGAACUAUUGGUUCCUCGCGCAGAAGCGGAUUGGUUCAAACCCAAGAAGAAAGGGCCAGUCAAGGUGGAAGUUUGAAUUGAUCAUGACAUCCUUUGACCUGUGGGGGAGCAGUGAACUAUUCUCCUCUGGAGUAUGGGCCCUGAGAAACCUGAUCCACAGGAUGCCGACCACCCCUCCUUCCUCCCUCGACGCCCACCCACCAGCUUUCCCGCCCUUUACCACACCACCCGCCCCCCCCUGUUCCCCGUACCCCUCCCCACCAUGCUCUCCAGGGCCUGGGGUGAAGGGGAUUGGAGGGUCCGGAGGGGUGACCCUGCGUUCUCCAGCUACUCGUCACCUCACCCACCUGGACAACUGGAGGAGGCAUAGCUGGGAGCCUGGGGCUGUGGUGACAGUGCAGCAGCAGGGGAUGGAGCCCAGCGACAACCACAGUGUGAGUCUGGAGAACCUGGAUCCGGAGGAGAUGGAGAAGGUUCUGGGAGCGGCGCUGGGCGUCCGGCGAGUGGGCAGGAACCCCAUCACUCAGGAGGGCUCCUUGUCUUCCCUCACGGAGGAGGAGGCAGGGUCCGACCUGCAGCACUACUCUGUAUUGGAGGAACAGUCCAACCAGCUGCAGGGCUGCAGUGCGUCGGCCCCAACCCUCAGUGUGGUUCGUCGCAGCAACCCUCCCAGCACGGGCCCCCGACCAGGCUCCAACUGCUACGAGACUUUACCCUACAGUCAAAUUGGAGGAUCCACACAGAGUGUGGAUAGGGACCUGGGUCUUCUGCUCUGGGGGAGAGAGGGAAGCUGGACGGAGGUCACGAGAGACGAGGCCCAGGAGGAGGUGACAGGCGGCCCUUUUGUGCGCACCUUCAGUUUCCUACGCAAGAUGGCCGGCAACCGCAAGAAUAAGGAGAAGGAACGCAUGAGGGAGAGGGAGAAGGAGGCACGGGACAGGGAGGCGCGCUACAGCAACGGGCAUCUCUUCACCUCCCUCACCGUGUCGGGGACCACCCUCUGUUCAGCAUGCAACAAGAGCAUCACUGCCAAGGAGGCCCUCAGCUGCCCCACCUGCAGUGUAACCAUCCACAACCGCUGUCGAGACACGUUGCCAAACUGUGCCAAAAUGAAACAGAGGCAACAGAAGAUGGCUCUCAUGAGGAACAACUCAGCUCUGCAGAGCGUGACCCUUCGUACCAAAACCCCCAUGAUGAGGGAACGCCCCAGCUCCGCCAUCUACCACUCUGACAAUCUCCGCCAAUCCUUGCUGGGCUCGCGCCGUGGACGCUCCGGCCUUUCCCUCUCCAAGAGUGUCUCCACCAAUAACAUUGCAGGGAACCUGAAUGAUGACUCUCCCUUGGGGCUGCGCAGGAUCCUGUCCCAGUCCACAGACUCGCUCAACUUCAGGAACAGAGCUAUGUCCAUGGAGUCGCUCAACGACGAGGGAGAAGUGUACUACGCUUCCAUGCUGGAGGAAAUGGAGAUUGAGGGGCGGGAUUUUGAGGCGGACUCAUGGAGCAUGGCGGUGGACUCGGGCUACCUGCAGACGCAUCGCAAAGACAUCAUCAAGAGGCAGGACGUCAUCUAUGAGCUGAUCCAGACAGAGCUGCACCACGUGCGGACACUUCGCAUUAUGGAGCGAGUGUUCCGCCAGGGCAUGCUGGAGGAGGUGCAGCUGGAGCCGGGCGUGGUGCACGCCAUCUUCCCCUGCCUGGACCGCCUCACUGGCAUCCAUGUACGCUUCCUGGCACAGCUGCUCACACGGCGCAACCACAGCCUGCAGACUGGCAGCACCUACAACUUCACUAUCCACCAGCUGGGAGAUGUGCUGCUGGAACAGUUCUCGGGCCAGUGUGCUGACGAGAUGAGAAAGACCUACGCUGAGUUCUGCAGCCGCCACCUGAAGGCUGUCAAGCUGUACAAGGAGCUGCUGGCCAGAGACAAGAGGUUCCAGUACUUCAUACGGCGGGUGUGUCGGGGUCACCUGUUGCGUCGCCAUGGCGUCCAGGAGUGCAUCCUGUUGGUCACUCAACGCAUCACCAAGUACCCUGUCCUCAUCCAGCGUAUCCUUGACAACACCAAGGACAAUGAAGAGGAGGCCUCCUGUCUGACCCAGUCUCUGACCCAGAUCAGGGAGCUACUUAGCUCAGUGGACCAGCAGGUGAUGGAGCUGGAGCGGACUCAUCGGCUGCAGGAGAUCCGGGCCAGGCUGGACCCACGGGUCGAGGCCAAGGUGAGGGACGGGGGCCUGUUCAGGGGAGGAGAGUUGCUCCGCAGGAGACUCAUCCAUGAGGGAACGCUGCUCUGGAAGACCCCUGGGUCCAGGCUCAAAGAUGUGCAGGUCCUGCUGAUGACAGACAUCCUAGUGUUCCUACAGGAAAAAGACCAGAGGUUCAUCUUCCCUUGUCUAGACAAGUCUCCGGUCCUCUCCCUGCAGAACCUCAUGAUUAGGGAGAUAGCCAAUCAGGAGCGAGGGCUCUUCCUCAUCAGUGACUCCUCUCCUCCGGAGAUGUACGAGGUCCAUGCUGCCUCAAAAGAUGACAAGAACACCUGGAUACGCAUCAUACAGCACACUGUCAGCAGUUGUCCUUCCAGGGAAGAGUUCCCACUCAUAGAGACUGAAGACAAGGCCCUUCUGAGACGACUGAAAGCGGACAUCCAGCAGAAGGACCGGGAGGUGCUGGAGCUGCUCCAGGAGCGGGUCACAUUGUUCUCGGACCUGGCUGAGGUGACGGGGGGUCAGGAGGUCAUGCUGCCGGGGGGCCCCAACUCCCGGAACCUGUUCCGGGCCGACACGCCCCAUGCGCCACUCGGCGAGAGAUUGCUCACUGAUGCCAUCGCAGAGGUGGAUAGGCUGAGUGAGCUACUCCUGGGCUCCACCUUUGAAAUGCCUCUGCCCUGCAGUUUCAACGGUCACCCGAACCACACGGGGGCGCUAGUGAUCAACGGUCAGGAGGUGGUUGUCAAUGGAACGCACGGGUCGCCAGCAGCAAAGGACCGGAAUGGGAAUCAGGCUGGAGAUAGGCCCUCAACUGAGGAAGCGUAUCAGAGGCUGGUCAACCUUAGUGCCUACCUUCAUGCCCUCCAGGGCACCGUGAUCAAGCAGGACUCCAUCCUGGAGCUCUGCCUGCGCUCUGAAGGCCCACCAGUCGACACCCCGACCACGCCCACCGGACGGGUCUGGCACUCCCUGUCACGUGACGCAGGCAUGGCUGAGGCCAGCACCGGGGUGGCCAUCGGGGAGCUGGCCCUGCUCCAGAGGCAGCACAGCCUCCUGCAGGAGGAGCUCAGUAGGCUGCGGGGUACCGAGGGCCGCCUGAGGGAUAGCGAAAAGGCCCGCACCCAGCUGGAGAGGCAGGUCCGCGACAUGAAGGCCCACAGUGCCACUAUGAUGGACAGUGUGGGAACUGCAGGCUCAGAGCAGGCUCCACCCCUUCGCAGAGCAAGUGAAACCAACGCAGACACCCAAUUGGCCAGCCAGGAGUCAAUCGAGCAUUUGGAAGGGCAUCAUGAUGGCAGUGACCUGGAGGUGGAGGUGACGUCAGAUGAGGAGGAGGAGGAGGCCAAAGCAUCACCGCGCUCGGAGAGUCCCCAUGAUCUUCAGGACAUUCCAGAGGAGAGCGAAGCCACAGCAGAACUACCACGAGAGCCUGACGUGUCACACUGCUCCCCUACUCUCAAAAAUAGGCCGACGAGGACAACAGAACUGAACUUGAAAUAGUCUUCCUCUUUUUACACUUAAAAGGAAGUAUCAUAUUCAUUUUCAAAUAUAUAUAUAUAUAUAUAUAUAUAUAUAUAUAUAUAUUUGUUUCGUGGCUUUUGCUUUACAGUACACGACCAGUGGCAAUAUGUGACUACGCUAUUCUUUUAUGUUUCUCGAUUGGGAUUAUUUGGAUUUAUACGGCUCCCUUUGGGAAUCGAUGCUGGACUUAUUCAUGCCACCUAUUAAAGUGGCAUGAAUAACAGGAAGGGAGUUAUGCAAUGAUGAUUUUCCAAAGAAGAAUAUGCAGGAAAUGGACAGCAAAUAUAAAAGCAGUGAAUGGAUAACCAAAGCUGAUGGGGUUUUGUCUAAGUGAAUGGGACACUGCUUUAAUAAUGGUUGGGUAGCUGCUUCUUUGCAUUAGGAUGUUGUAUGUGGAUGUGUAUAUAUAGCAGGUUUGUGCUGAGACACAUGGAUAUGCACAAACACACACCACAGACACACAUGGUCAUACAUGCUCACACACAUUUGAGUCCUUUACAUUUCCAUAAUUAGGAUUAUCUAAUUCUCAACGCUGUUUAUGAUGCUAAUAAUUUGUUUAUUUAUUCUUCCUUCCUUAUUUAAGCAGGUAAGUUAAGACCUCUCAUGACACAGGCCAAACAUUAGAGUGACUGUAUAAGAAUGAGGUAGCACUGUAUUUCUCUCCCCUGAUUACCAUGUUUUUACUUAGAAACCACAUGGCAACAGCAUAAUGACAAUUAUUAUUACAAAAUUACUUACUUACUUACCCACUGGUUUGUGGUUCAUUUCCUGCAGGGAUCACAUACAUAUACUUUAAAUGCUCAAAGUAAUGUAACUCGCUUCGUGGCACAUACACUACCGUACAAAAGUUUGGGGUCACUUAGAAAUGUCCUUGUUUUUGAAAAAAAAGCCUUUUUUGUCCUUUUAAAAUAACAUCAAAUUGAUCAAAAAAACAGUGUAGACAUUGUUAAUGUUGUAAAUGACUAUUGUAGCUGGAAAUGGCUGAUUUUUAAUGGAAUAUCUACAUAGGCGUACAGAGGCCCAUUAUCAGCAACCAUCACUCCUGUGUUCCAAUGGCACGUUGUGUUAGCUAAUCCAAGUUUAUCAUUUUUAAAGGCUAAUUGAUCAUUAGAAAACCCUUUUGCAAUUAUGUUAGCACAGCUGAAAACUGUUGUUCUGAUUAAAGAAGUAAUAAAACCUGCCUUCUGUAGACUAGUUGAGUUUCUGGAGCAUCAGCAUUUGUGGGUUCAAUUACAGGCUCAAAAUGGCCAGAAACAAAUAACUUUCUUCUGCAACUCGUCAGUCUAUUCUUGUUCUGAGAAAUGAAGGCUAUUCUAUGCGAGAAAUUGCUAAGAAACUGAAGAUCUCGUACAAUGCUGUGUACUACUCCCUUCACAGAAUAGUGCAAACUGGCCCUAACCAGAAUAGAAAGAGGAGUGGGAGGCCCCGGUGCACAACUGAGCAAGAGGACAAAUACUAGUGUCUAGUUUGUGAAACAGAUGCCUCACAAGUCCUCAACUGGUAGAUUCAUUAAAUAGUACCCCCAAAACACCAGUGUCAACGUCAACAGUGAAGAGGCGACUCUGGGAUGCUGGCCUUCUAGGCAGAGUUACAAAGAAAAGGCCAUAUCUCAGACUGUAAAAAGAAAAUAUUAAGAUGGGCAAAAGAACACAGACAUUGGACAGAGGAACUUUGCCUAGAAGGCUAGCAUCCCGGAGACGCCUCUUCACUGUUGAUGUUGAGACUGGUAUUUUGCGUGUACUAUUUAAUGAAGCUGCCAGUUGAGGACUUGUGAGGCAUCUGUUUCUCAAACUGAUAAACUUGGAUUAGAUUAACACAACGUGCCAUUGGAACACAGGAGUGAUGGUUGCUGAUAAUGGGCCUCUGUACGCCUAGAUAUUCCAUUAAAAAUAACGCGUUUCCAGCUACAAUAGUCAUUUACAACAUUAACAAUGUCUACACUGUAUUUCUGAACAAUUUGAUGUUAUUUUAAUGGACAAAACAUGUGCCUUUCUUUCAAAAAUAAGGACAUUUCUAAGUGACCCCAAACGUUUGAACGGUAGUGUAUACACUGAGUGUAAAAAACAUUAGGGACAGGUGAAUCCAGGUGAAAGCUAUGAUCCCUUAUUGAUGUUUUCUGUUAAAUGCACUUCAAUCAGUUUAGAUGUAGGGGAGGAGAUGGGUUAAAUAAUGAUGUUUAAGCCUUGAGAAAUGGAUUGUGUAUCUGCCAUUCAGAGAGGGAAUGGGCAAGACUAAAUAUUUAAGUGCCUUUGAAUGUGUAUGGUAGGAAUUGCCAGGCGCACUGAUUCGAGUGUGUCAAGAACUGCAACACUGCUGGGUUUUUCACACUCAACAGUUUCCCGAGCGUAUCAAGAAUGUUCCACCACCCAAAGGACAUCCAGCCAACUUGACACAACUAUCGUAAGCAGUGGAGUCAACAUGGGCCAGCAUCCCUGUGGAAUGCUUUCAACACCUUGCAGAGUUGAAUUAAGGUUGUUCUUAGGGCAAAAGGGGUGUAACUCAAUAUUAGGACGGUGUUCCUAAUGAUUUGUGCACUCUGUGUAUAUUACUUGGGGAUUCUUCGUCACAAAUACCAGAAAGGGACAAUUGUUCAUAAUUAAUUUCAAGUAAUUACCAGAAAGAAUUAUGCUAUCACCAUGUAGUUACUAAGUAAAUACCUGGCAAAAUAAAGUUUUACCUAAAUGGACAAAAUAACCUAAUCCCUAUAUGGAUCACUUCAGCAUAAGCAAUGUAGUUUCCAAGUUUAACUCUAGUGGACUUGGUAGACUAUAUGAAAGAAGCAGUCAAAAAUACAGAAAUUGGAAGAUGGAACUAAGACAAUACGCCAUGUAAUCCAUUGUAUUGAGAGAUAGGGGAAAUCAACAACUUUUUUGCCAACAUCGAAUUAUAAAACGGAGUCUUCUCUAUUUUAAUGACUAAACCAAUGACAUUGGGGACUGUUUUUGAACAACGGACAGCCGAGCAACCGUUAUAUUUGCCUUUAAAUUAUUUUGAAACUAAAAUGCUUUAAUUGAGAAUUUCUUUAUUCUUGUAAUUUCUUGUCAUCUUAAUUUGACUCAUGAACCAUAUUUUCCUGGCUUGCAUAGUGUGUAUCAAUCUGGCUAAAAAAUGACAUGGGCAAUGAUUUUGAGUCUGUCUUUAUUUGAUUGUACUAUAUUCAAUGUAUGUUUAUAGAAGCCCAUACUAAAGAAAUGAAUGUCAAAUCCAAAUGUUGCCUUUCAAGUUGUUCUCAUGACGUUGGCCUGGGGAUAGGUUUAUGACAGUCAUAAAUACCUCUUUCCCCCUUUUUCCUAUCUCUACCCUACUGAUGUUACAUUUGCAAACCCUUGGUUAACAUAGAAAUUCUGGGAACAUCAGAAGGUGGGGGGAAAUUAACAAUAUUCUGGUAAUCCGACCAAUUGAACAUUUGCGGUGGUACUUAAUGAAUAUGAUGUCAGUUCGGUCGUCAUCUGAGACAUUCUCAUCAAUGAUAAGAUGACAAACUCUACAAUGGAAAGUCUACACAUCAGAGUUAUCGGAUUCACAUGGAAUUGUUGUUCAAUUUAAAUGUUUGAAUAUGAAAUUAUUCGUGAUGGGAUGAAAUGUGAUUUUAGCUUCUAAAAUGUGAGAUUUGGGUUUUCAUAAGAUAGGGCUCUGCUCAAUCAGUGGCACGCCCCUGUGAAGGGACAUGGGUUAUAGAACUUUUCAAACAAGCCCUCCUCUCCCUUCCUAUAUAAGCCCUUGACGACAAUAUAACCUUCUGUUCCGAGGACGUGAGGAUGACGGUCCUAUGUCAGAAUGGUUCAGAUAAUAACUACAGAAUGAAGCCAACAUCAGCGUGAGCUUUGGUUGCGAACGGUAUGAACUUUGAACUCUUAUUCACUACAGAAGUGAUACCUCCUAGCCGUUGAGUUAGGAACAGCAGCUGCAAACACAGGUUAGGAAGGAACAGACACAGAGUAUCCCGUCUACCACACAACGACGUUACUACAACGUAUCCAAUUGACAACCAGAGACAUUCUUCAAAGGACUCGGUUGGGCAACACGGCCUUCCAUCUACCACCAACCUACCGAAGCGCAGCUCAGCCCAGAGUAAAUAUUUAUUGCAUUUUCCUUUUCCCAAAUGGGCGGUAAUUUAGAAUGCAUAAGAUACUGUCUUUACAAUAGCACAGCUUUGGCCUUUGUUCCUCAGUCUUCCCGCUCCUUCACUCAAACCCAGCCCUUUUCUUUUGUGUAACAAGCUGUCAUAUCUGUUCCGCCCGCUAGGGACGUUUUCCUUGAUGACGUAAUUUGUAAUCAAGUUAUGAUUUCAUUAUGUGUAUGUGUAAUUCUGUGUGAUUAGUUAGGUAUUUAGUAAAUAAAUGAUUAAACCCAA